UUUCACUGUUCUCCGGCACACACUGCAUGACCAACUGUCCUGAAAGGAGAGUUUAUUUCUUCUGUGACAUAAUUGAGACUGUUGUAACACAUUAGUGAGUGAAGUACGGUAAGAUGUGGAUGUUGAUUUUGAUUGGACUUAACAUCAUCUCAAAGCUACAUGGCUAUUCACACGGCAAAGUCCCAGAGUCAUGUGAAUCAAUGUUGCCUGACCAUCGCCGGAGAGGAAAUCCGACACUUCCUCAGACAUCUGAUCCUCCCUUUUGGGUUACAUAUGAACAUGGCAGCAGCAACAAAUAUCCUGUCAAAGUUACGCUCAAAAGCAUAGGAUCCACUCAAUUUAGGGGAUUUAUGUUGGAGGCACGAGAGGCCAGUCUCAAUGGGGAAGGUCCUGCAGUUGGUAAAUUUACAUUAGAUGACCCUUCUAUCAGUCAACUUUUACGAUGUAAUGAGUUAGAGGGCUCAGCUGUUAGUCACACAUCAAAUCAUGAAAAGACCACAGUCACUGUCUUCUGGACGCCUGUGGGAGAGGAACAAGACAUUAUUCUCAGGGCCACGUUUCUUGAGACCUUUAGAACUUUCUGGGAACCUGUGACUAUCAAUGUAACUUCAUUACCAAGUACUUCCCAGCCAACAACUUCAGCAAGUACGUCAGAGCCAACGACUUUACAAAGUACCUCCCAGCCAGCAACUUCAGCAAGUACGUCAGAGCCAACGACUGUAGUAACAACAACAAUUCCUCCAAAUUGCAAUUGCUCCUGGAACCUAGAGAUCGCAACUGUGAACCUUGUCUUUAAAGAGUUUGAAGGGACAGUACACAACAUACUCACUGUCACAUUUGCCAAGAUUUCCCUCCGUCAUGAUCUAAAUAAGGUGGUAGGUGCAGUGUGCAGCCUUCUUUGCAUUGUUCCUGAUAUAUUAAUCCUGAUCUGUCUUUGCAUCGUUGAACCCACAAAAGUCACUGCCAUAGCUCUUGUGACUGCGGUUACAGCGAUAAAUUUGAUAGAACUGGUGAUUGUGCUGUUACCAAUCGAACUCAGUCAUGAAUUGAGGCGGAUCCGUGAUUAUGCUGUUGAAGUAUGUUUCAUUCUCAAUCACAUUUUUGUAGUGACUUUCAUCUUUGUUGGGAUUGACGACAGUGAAGAUUGGAACACAAUAAUGCCUUGUAUCAUGGCUUUCACAGUAUGGAUAUUCCUGUCUCGAAUAUGGAGUCUUGUGCUCACCAUUCAAAAAAGAAAAAUACUGAAGUGUCCUGAUACAGUCACAGUGAUGGUGCGUGUCAUCUUGAUCAUCUUCUUGGUUGGAACCAUAUAUUUUGCCAUACUAAUCACCUUGGUGGACGUGUUUUGUGUUAGGGCUUAGUCAUACCUAAGUCACACCUAAAAUAUGAAUCUGUUAAUGAUAUUUCCUUGUAUGCAUAUAAGUUAGACUUCUGUGUAAAAUGUAAAUAAAACAGAUUGCAAAGAUUUGCAAUUCUCAUUAACCCAUAUUUUAAUAGAACAUAAACAAGACAUCAGCUGUUAAUACUGGGAAAUUUUGUCAUUUCGUGGAAAAAAUAGGGCAAUGUCUACCAGUCUACAGUCCCACUUCUAGCUGCUUAGCAGUCCUUGGUUUCCUCAUGUGCAAAAUGGUUUCUACUGAUGGAAAGAUCUGUAAUGCAGGAAUGAACACCUGGACUCUUCCCCUAUGAAGCCACCCUGUUGUAAUGGAUGCAGUAUGUGAGUUAACAUCAUUUUGUUGAAAUAUGCAACACGUUCCCUGAAAGAGACAUUGUCUGGAUGGAGCAUAUGUUGCUCUAAAACCUCUAUGUUCUUUUAAGCUUUGGUGGUGCCUUUCAAGAUGAAUAAGGUGCCCAUGCCAUAGGCACUAAAACAACCCCAUGCCAUUAGAAAUGCAGGCUUUUGAAGUGAAGUGCUGAUAACAAACUUGAUGCAUCCUCAUCUGCAGUCUGUAGGACAUCCAUGGUUUGCAAAAAGAAUUUCAAAUUUGAAUUCAUCUGACCACAGAACAGUUUUCCAUUUAGCCUCAAACCAUUUUAAAUGAGAUUUGCUUGAGGAUCAUGAGCAUCGACUUUUGACUUUCAACCUUUUCCCCACACAGAUAUUCCUCUAUUUCUCUGAAUCUAGUAAUUAUAUGAUACAAUAGAUGAUGGUAUCUUCAAAUUCUUCACAAUUUUAAAUGAUAAACACCUUUCUGAAAUUGUUUCAAUGAUGUUGUUUCUAUAUGUAUUUUGUCACAGAUUGGUCAAACCCCUGUCCAUCUUUAUAUCUGAAAGUUUUGCCCCUAGGAAGUAGCCCUUUUAUAGCCAGUCAUGUUAUUGACCUGUUGCCAGUUAACUUGACCCUCAACAAACCACAUCUCUGGCCCCCACACUGCCCCUUUAACAUUUUUGAGGGUAUAAAAAAUGUUAAAUAUCACCAGAGUGUCAGACAGUUCUCUGUUUCCAAGAAAACCAAUCUAUCCAUACUGUUUAUUGAGGCCACUAUUGUUCAGACAAUAGACUUCUAUAGUAUGGAACUGAUCUUAAUUAACAAACUUUACAACCAACCAGCACUUUGAGGAGAUGGGUGUAGGAACAUUUUGUGGGCUAAAGGAGCAUGAUUGAGGAUGAAAUUAUAGCAAAGGGUGUCAAAUAUUUAUACCAGUGAUCUUCAACUCUGGUCCUGAGCUAACAUUUUCCAUGAAAUGGCAAAAUGUCUCAUUAUUAACAUCUGAUAUGUUGUUAUUGUUCUAGUUGGAAUGGAAUAUGUAUUUACAAGAUUUUCAAAUCAUUACAUUCUGUUUUUAUUAACAUUUUAUACAGUCUGCAUUUUUUUUUGGAAUAGGGGUUGUAAAUGCAUCAAGUGAGUUUUUAUGAGAGUGAAACCCCUGUCUCACUAGAAGUAUCUCUAUAAUUACACAUUGUCAUGUACCAGGUAAGGUAAAUAUUUGAACCGAGUGUUAAUACUUCCAGUGAAUACCUGUGUGGAAUGUCAUCUGAAAUCAAACCGUCCUAUACUACUGUGUUGCAACAUGUUGAGAUCUUUUGCAUGUGUAUAUGUAAACAGCAUUUAUGAUCAUGAUAGUCAUAAAAUAUUGUUGUUGUUCUGUUUUUUGUAACAUAAACCCAUAAACAUUUCUUUGGAAGUAUGUCCUGUCUAAUAAAAGUCAA